CACCCUGGGGCUGUGGCCUCCAUCACACAGAUAAUCUCAUGCUGAUACCGUCGCUGCUCAGAUCCAAACUGCUGGAGCGCGACAGUGGCGUUAGCGCUGAGACGACCUCUUUUUGGUCCUCGGUGUGCUCCGUAGCACGCAGUUCCACAACGUGCGAGCAGAAAAGUGAGGACUUCAGGUUUGAACAGCUAAAACUGGUGCCAGCGGCGAUUCAACGUAUUAUCAAUCAUGGCAGAAAAUGAAGAGAUGUCUCCAAUUGAGAUGAAAGUGGCACGACAAAUAGAGUACUACUUUGGGGAUCACAAUCUUCCGAGAGACAAGUUUCUCAAAGAACAACUGCAACUUGAUGAUGGCUGGGUGACUUUGGAGACGAUGCUUAAAUUCAACAGACUGAAGUCUUUAACUGCAGAAAGCAGCGUCAUCGUUGCAGCUCUCCAAAAAUCAAAGACUGGCCUCUUGGAAAUCAGUGAAGACAAGACUAAAGUCAGGAGGUCUCCAAACAAACCCUUACCAGAACUGAAUGAUGAAUACAAAGAUGCUCUUAAACACAAAUCUGUGUACAUUAAAGGUUUUCCUCUCGAAACUACCCUUGAUGAGAUUCAGGAGUGGCUGAAUGAGAAAGGCACCAUAGAAAACAUUCAGAUGAGGAGAAACCUGCAAAAGCAGUUCAAGGGAUCAGUAUUUAUCUGUUUUGAUACAGAAGAUUCAUCCAAGAAGUUCCUAGAACGUUCAGACAUAAAGUCAUUCAAAGACAAUGAGAUGCUUGUGUUAUCAAGAGAAGACUACCAUGCAAAGAAAGCAGAAGAGCGAAAACACUUCAAAGCAGAGACAAAAGCAAAAGCUAAACAGGACAAGGAACAAAAGCAGAAACAUGCAGAAGAGAAAGAAAUGGGUCUGCUUUUGGAUGAACAGACAGGUUGCUUGUUAAAGUUUUCAGGAGAGCUUGAAGAUGUUUCAAGAGAGGACUUUCAUGAAUUGUUCUCUGGGCAUGGAAAAAUAAAGUGGGUUGAUUUUACAAGAGGGGCCAAAGAGGGCACACUCCUGUUCGAUGGGAAUGCAAAGGAAGCGUUCGAUAAGGCCAAAGAGGCAAACGGGGGGGAAUUGAAAAUCAAGAACAACAGUGUUACAUGGCAGGUGCUUGAAGGAGAUGAGGAGAAAGAUGAACUGAAGAAGAUAAUCGAAGCUCAACAAGAAUCCUACAGCAGGUCCAAAGGCAGAGGUGGCAGAGGAAGAUCAGGUGGCAGAGGAAGAGGAGGCCGAAGGGGAAGAGGUGGCAGAGAUCAAGGCAGAACUCAGUACAGGGGCAAAAAGACGAAAUUUGAUAGUGAUGAUGAAGGUGAUGAUGAUGAAGCACCCGCAGCCCCAAAGAGGGAACUAGAAGACGCUGAUGGUCCUGCAGCAAAGGUUGCCAAAACUGAAAACGGAUCCUAAUCACAAGGAGGUCACAACCAGAAUUUUUUUUUUUUUUUGGAAAACAUUUAUUAUAAACAGUGAAAAUGCAGAGGCAAGUUAAAUCCAUUCCAGUGAAAGCGUCAGGCUUUGGAGAAUCUUAUGAAGUCCACCUGGAUGUCAACCUGGAGAAGAAUUCGCAAAGCUUGAUGUCAGUUUUCAGCCUUUUAAGUCCCUGUAUAUGGUGCCUCACAUGUUGUUUAUGUACCUAUGUUUCUCUUAAGAUGUUUUUGAUUUUAUCAUCAUUCAACAUAAAUCUGCUCUUUGACAGUAAUUUAAUUUCACCUGAACAAUUAAAUGGUUUUGUAAGACCUGUGUGACAUCUAGAAUCUGUGUGCCAUUGUUUUUUUGUUUUUUUUCUCCUUGUAGAUUUCCUACAUUGAGUGAUAAGAACAUCUGCUUUGCUAUUUUUUUAAGUUUGCAUAUGUUAAUAGCAAAUAAAACAUUCACAUAAAUGAAUUAAGAUCUGUUUGAAUGUGUUAUGUCAAUUACAGCUUCAGACAUCUGCUGGAAAACGUAUUCCCUGAGACUGUAGUGUGACAGUAUAUUGGCUUACCGAUUUCUUUUUGUGGAACCUGUAAGAUGCUGGCAAGUCGUACCUUAAUUCUGUAAAGAGAGAGUAUGUAGUCAGUGUUGGAAUAUUUUAGUUGUAGAGAAGAUGUACUGUAUUAUUUUCACCUGCUAUUACUUCCAUCUUCACUCCCCAGUCAUUAGCCUUCUUUUGUAUGUGCUGUAAUUAGAUAACGAAUUACGAGUCAAGCGUUUCACUCUUCAUACCAGAGAUGUAGACAUGAGACUUGAGUCAUAAAACUUACGACAUGGUUACAGUUAUGUAAAGUCACUGUUUUUACUAAUAAUUGAGUCUGUUUUCCUAAUAAAGACUUGUGAUCCCA